AUGGCCGCCUCUGCGCCCGCACGACUCCCUAGUAUCGCAGCCCUUCCGGGCCUGCCCCAAGCCCAGCAGAACGAGGUCCUCGACCUCCUCUUCGAACCCAGCCCGGCCAUUCACCAACUUCUUCUCCCUCUUCUCCAACAACAACAGGAUUCCGAACCGCUGCUCGCCUCCUACGACGACCUCAUCACCCGCGCCCACGCCGUCUUUUCCGCUCUUCGCGCUGAAUCCUCUGCUGCUGCGGCCAACGCGGAGAGGAGCGAUGCCGCUGAGCGGGUCAAGCUGCUCCAUUCCAUCCUAGGCUCGCACCCCCGUCUCGGUGCGAAAAAGGUCGAGAGCGCCCAGUCCGUGGCCGAGCAGGCCCAACUGCAAUCCGGCGACGGCACCGAGCUCGCCAAUCUCAAUGCCGAGUACGAGAAAACGUUUCCCGGGCUUCGCUACGUCGUCUUCGUCAAUGGCCGGGAGCGGCCCGUCAUCAUGGACAACAUGAGAGCCCGUAUCGCUCGGGCCGACAUUGGCCUCGAGGAGCAGGAAGGCAUCCAGGCCAUGUGUGACAUUGCCCGAGACCGCGCCGCCAAACUUCAGAGGCCGUGA